AUGGCAAUGAGGCAGCUGACAGAGUGUGAGGUGUACAGAGUGGAAGCACCAAGGAGGAUGGACUAUAUCAAGAACUAUAAGCCUGAGUCCCCCCGAGAGCUGCCCCCCAACCAUCCAAGACCUCCCACAGUCCCCCCCGAGAGGACAUCAAGAUCUUACCACAGUCCCCCCCGAGAGCUGCCCCCCAACCAUCCAAGACCCCUCCCACAGUCCCCCCGAGAGCUGCCCCUCAACCAUCCAAGACCCUCCCACAGUCCCCGAGAGCUGCCCCCCAACCAUCCAAUACCCUCACAGUCCCCAAGAGAGCAACCCUCAACCAUCAAAGACCCUCCCACAGUCCCCCGAGAGCGGGCCCCCAACCAUCAAGACCCUCCCACAGUCCCCCGAGAGCUGCCCCUCAACCAUCAAGACCCUCCACAGUCCCCCCAUGCCCCUCAACCAUCCAAGACCUUACACAGUCCCCCCGAGAGCUGCCCCCCAACCAUCCAAGACCCCCCCACAAUCCCCCCGAGAGCUGCCCCCCCAACCAUCCAAGACCCUCGCACAGUCCCCCCCGAGAGCUGCCCCUCAACCAUCCAAGACCCUCCCAUAGUCCCCAAGAGGAGCUACCCUCAACCAUCCAAGACCCUCCCACAGUCCCCCCGAGAGUCGCCCUCAACCAUCCAAGACCCUCCCCACAGUCCCCCCGAGAGCUGCCCCCUCAACCAUCCAAGAACCUCCCACAGUCCCCCCGAGAGCUGCCCUCAACCAUCCAAGACCCCCCCACAGUCCCCCCGAGAGCCGCCCCUCAACCAUCCAAGACCCUCCCACAGUCCCCCCGAGAGCUGCCCCCUUAACCAUCCAAGACCCUCCCACAGUCCCCCCGAGAAGCUGCCCCCCCAACAUCCAAGACCACCCCCACUGGAUAGAACAAAUGCGAUCGCAUAA